GACUUGUUGAUACCAGAUUAUUUAAAAAAAAGGGGAAACCAAUACAAAUGUAUUAGUAGAACUAAAGGGUUAAGAAGAAAUAAGACAACAUAGCAUACAUGGCAUAUCAAGCAAAAUAAACCUAUUAUAAAUUUAUAUAAUGGCAUCUACAGUUGAUCCAUUGGACUUAAUAAAUAUAGAACAGAGGUUAUUUACUUUGGAAGCAAAUACUAACAAAUUUAAUCUCAACAGAAGUGAGAAUCUCAGAAGAGUGCAAGAACAGACAAAAAACUGCUAUACUGAAAUCAGAGCUUUUAGAAAGGAUGUCAACACCUUUUUGGAUAAAAUUGAACAGGCAUUCUGUCAAGAGCUUUGGUCAUUAGAAGUGGAACAAAGGGAUAAUAUUCUAUAUGUUGUUCAUGAACUUGAGAAAGUAAAUCAUGCUGUCAUAACAUUAAAAGCAACACUGAGAGAAAUUAAAAACGGUGCCAGCAAUGCCUAUAAUGAAAGUUUCGAAAAAUUAAAAAAAGAAUUAUGUGAGAAUGAAAACUCAGUGUAUAUUAAACUCUUUAACAGUAGUGGUGGGAGGGAACUGGACCUUAAUAUGUUGUUAAAUCCUGAAUUACAAACAUUAACUAGUAAGAUUCAAUCUCUAGGUGAUGUGUAUUUUGCACGUGGUCCAUCAAGGAUUGAGUUUGAUGAGAAGAAUACAUUUAUGGUUGAUACUGAAAUGACAAAAGAAUCUCAAAGUGAAAAAAAUGACAGAGAAGAUGGGAACAAAGAGGAGGGAAGAAAAGACGUAUCAACGUUUAUUUUUCAAUCACAAGAAGAUUCAGAGCUGAUAUGUAAAGUCAAACAAGAACCAAUUGAGGAUUGCCCAAUUACUACAGAACCUUUGCCUUCUAAUAUGUCAGUACAUGUAUCUAGUGUUACUCAAUCACAAGGUAUUCCGGUAACCAUGGUUACAUGUACCACACCAUAUUUUAUACGACCACUUUUGACGUCUGCCAUUCAUGCUCCUAUUGUUAUGCCUGCAAAAGUGUCUUCAGCGCCUACAAUGCAAUUUCCUGUUCCCAUUCAGUCUGGAAAUAACAGAGCCCCAGCUACAUUUCAAUUACCAUCAGGUAGUAAUGUUCAGUCUUCACUCAUGGCAGCAAAACAGCCGUAUCUUAUUAGAUUCAUGCCAAUAGAUAUGAAUUCAAAGAUAAUCAGACGUUUUCCUUUGGUACCUGUUAUGCCAGCUUCAACAAAUGCACCUACCUGUACAUCUACUGGUAAUCAAUUACCGGAAACCCAACUACAAAUGGCGCUACAGUCAAUCGAUCAACCCAAUCAUCCAUAUUUAUCUCCGGUUAAUGAGCCUGGAAACAUUCAAAAUAUUGUUGCUAUACAGACAGAUAGUGAAUUAAAACAAUAUGACCAGCAAUUAAUUAAGUUAGAACCAUUGAGUCCACAACCAUGUAUGUCACCUGAGAGUGAACAACCACCUUCUGUGGAGGAGCUACUAUCAGAGAUAGAAAAGAAUAAUGAGGAUGACCAACCAUCAACAAAAAAACGUGGACGAUUCCAAAGAAUGACCGAUGAAGACAUGGAGGAGUUACAAGAAACAAAUUUUGAAUCCAAAUCUACGCAAGCCAACACAAGAUGGGGUGUAAAAAUGUUUCAAGAAUGGAGCAAAGAAACUUCGGGAGAAGAUACGGAUUUAGAAAAUAUAUCUGCAGAGGAUUUAAAUGAAAAGUUGAAGUAUUUUUAUGCUGAGACCAAACCUAUGACAAAAGCAAAUGAAAAUAUAAGUUAUAGACAUGUGAAUCCCACCAUUUAUAAAAAACAUACAAUGAAGAAUGCUCGAGCUGCAUUAAAUCGCUAUUUUAAAAAUAUUAAAAGAGACUUUGACAUAGUAAGAGAUUCUGCAUUCAAGGAGAGUAAUGCUUUAUUAGAUGCAAAGAUAAAAAUUCUCGAAAAGAAGGGUUUGUUAUCCAAGUGCAGAUACAGGGAAAAUAUUGACAAAGAGGAACUGAAAUUAUUGUGUAGAUAUGUAUAUCGGUCAAAUUGUAAUGCUCUCUCAUUAAGACAAAGUGUAUGGUUCUGUAUUACAAUAAACUUUCUUUCGUUGACUAAAGAGAACCAGAAGCAAUUGAAAAUAGAUUCAUUUGACUUUAACACAGAUGCUGACGGUACAGAGUAUGUUGUCAUUAACCGUGAGACUAUAAAUCUUUUCAACUGUCAGGAUUUAGAAAAGGAGCGCAUGUGUGCAUCACCUUGGAAGGCUUUCUGUCCUAUUGCAGGACUUCGCUUACUUAUUAGAAAAACUGACCCAAAAGCAGAUUUUUUGUUUAAUUGUCUGAGCAGAGAAGUUUUAACAUCUACUAUAGAACACAAAGUAGAUAUAUGGUAUUAUGCAAAAACUGUAUCAAAAAGAACGUUUAACUUAUUCAUGUCUGAUAUUUGUAAAUCAGCAGGCUGUAGAAGCCUAUAUAGUUCAGGUUGUUUACGUGAUACUGCUUUAUUUUCUAAUCAGGAUCCAGAUUUGAGAGCUCUUAUGUAUAAUUUGUAAAAGUUAGGUACUCUUUUAAGAACAAUUCAUUGUUUAUGAGUUUACACUCCAAGCUCAAAUAUCUGUUUAUCAUUGUAAAUCCUUUUUUCAGGUUUUCUAAAAUCAGCAGUGUUCAAGAUGAGGAGACUUAAUACAGGUAUUCGAAAUUUCGUUUGUUUGUGCAACAGAACAUGCUCUUUGAAUAUCAUACUUAUUAAAGAAAUCCCAUUUACACAUUUAUUUUUUUUAAUUAUUUAUUCAUUAUAUUUAUUUCUAUAACACCAGAUAUUAUUUUUGGGUUUUUUCAGGUAAAGAAUUUGUUAUGUUUUAACUGAGACUACUGUGUGUUAUAGUUAAGUCUCAGGUUUUAUUCAUUAGCCCAGGCUGCUGGAUUGAGAGCAUAUGUACAUUAUGUUAAGGAUGUUCCCUACUCUGUUUCAAAAUAACAAGUUUUUUAAAAGACUAUUAUAAAUUGAUAGUAUAUAAAUAACGGAACUAAAAAAGCAGAAAAAAAUGAAGGGUCCGUGUGCUUGUUUUUGAGAUAUAAAUGCCGUUGAAAAUUUAGCGGGAAAUGAUUCUCUCUAGAUUUUUUAUACUAUUAACAUUGGCACUGUUUUUGUCUCGCCUUGAUGAAGUCAAAAAGCGAGACAUAGGUAUGCUGUUUCCGGCAGUGGCGGCGUCAACAUUGUAUUAGUUUGUGAUUAGGUCAAGUGUAUGGUGAACCACUAGUGGUAGGUCAAUGAUAUUUGGUAUAAGCAUUGGCACAUCUCAUUUCCAUGGAGAUUAUUUGACCCUGCCCCCUCAGUCAUGGUCUAUUGACUUUGAAACUUUUGCUUAGUUUACAUGUAUUAGUUUGUGAUUAGGUCAGUUCAAGGGGAACCAUUAGUGGUAGGCCAAUGUUAAUUGGUAUGCAGUUGUAUAAGCAUUGGCACAUCUCAUUUCCAUGGAAAAUAUUUGGCCCCGCCCCCUCAGUCAUGGUCAAUUGACUUUGAAACUUUUGCUUAGUUUACUUGUUUUAGUUUGUGAUUAGGUCAGUUCAAGGGGAACCAUUAGUGGUAGGCCAAUGUUAAUUGGGUAUGCAGUUGUAUAAGCAUUGGCAGUUUGGCACAUCUCAUUUCCAUGGAAAACAUUUGGCCCCGCCCCCUCGGUCAUGGUCAAUUUACUUUGAAACUUAGUUUACAUGUUUUAGUUUGUGAUUAGAUCAGUUUAAGAUGAACCGCUAAUGUUAAGUCAAUGAUAUUUGGUAUGCAAAUUUAUUGGCAUUUGCAAGUCUAGUUACCAUAGAUAUUAUAUAGCCCCACCUCCUCAUCAUGGUUCAUUGACCUUGAAACUUUUACAUAGUUUACAAGUUAAUGUUUGUCUUUAGGUUUGUUUAAAGGAAAUGACUUAUGAUAAGUCAAUGGUAUUUGGUAUGCAGUUGUAUUAGCAUUUGCACAUCUCAUUUCCAUGGAGAUUGUUUAGCCAUGUACCUUCAGUCAUGGUUCAUUGACUUUGAAUAUUUGCAUAACUUACAUGUUAAAGUAUUGCUCUUUUAAUUUCAACAUUUGCAUUAUCAAAAUUACAAAAAGGUGAGACAUAUCUCUGUGUUAACAGUUUAUUCUAUCAAAAACUAUGAAAAAAUAACAAGGAUUUUACAAGAUUUUCAAAUAUGGCUUUUUAAACUAUAUGUUAUAAAAUUAUGAAAAGAAAAGUAGGGCUUAGUGGGCAAAAUUUUUAAUGGCACUACAUGGAUAAAACCAGAGGAUUCCGAAUAUCUGACAAAAA